AUGCGUCGAUAUUGGGUGAGACCUUUAUUUUCUGAACAUCGGCGAUUGUUACAAGGAGCGAGUAAGAAUCUUGUAAAAGAAAUGGAAACUGAGGACAAAGGAAAAUUUAUCAAUUAUUUCCGAAUGGAUCCUAUAAUAUUCAAAGAAUUACUUAAAAUCAUCGGUCCAUUUAUAGUUAAACAACAUGUUAUACGAGAACCAAUUCCUCCUGAAACACGUUUGCAUAUAACACUUCGAUAUUUGGCAUCAGGAGACAGUAUGGCGUCUAUCUCAUAUGCCUAUCGACUUGGCCAUAAUACUGUGUCGAAAAUAAUAUCAGAGACCUGCGAGAAAAUAUGGAAUAUUUUAAAGGAAACAGUGUUUCAUUAUGACAGUCCAAAGAAUUGGGAAAAACUUGCUGACGAAUUCGAGCAACUUUGGAAUUAUCCAAAUUGUGUAGGCUGUAUUGACGGAAAGCACAUUGCACUGCAGGCUCCGCCAAAUAGUGGCUCAACAUAUUUCAAUUAUAAGAAAUACCAUAGCAUAAUUUUGUUGGCGAUAAGCGAUGCAAAAUACCGUUUUACUAUGGCCGACAUUGGUGCAGAAGGGAGACAAAGCGAUGGGGGAGUUUUUAAAAAUAGUGAUAUAGGAAGACAUUUUGAGGAAGGUACAUUCAAGUUACCAAAUGUUAAGCCUGUCGAAAGUAGUGGACCAGCAUUGCCUUAUGUGUUGUUAGCCGACGAGGCCUUUCCAUUAACAACGUAUAUGAUGAGACCGUAUCCGCGAAGUAGCAGUUUGGAUCUGAGGAAGAAAGUUUUCAAUUAUAGACUCAGUCGAGCAAGACGGGUUGUCGAAAGCGCUUUCGGGAUUUUAGCAGCAAGAUGGAGGAUUUAUAGAAAACCUAUAAUUGCAAGUGUUGCAAAUGCACGAAAAAUUGUUCAAGCAACAAUCGCCCUCCACAAUUUCAUCAUUAUUAAUGAGGAAAAAUUGCUUUCAAAAAAUAUAUAUGCACAUAUAACUCCAGAAGAUCGCAAUAUCAUUUCUCAAGGAUUUAGCUCAUUGCCAGUUACUAGAGGCAAAUUCGUUAAGAAUGGUAUCGAAAUUCGAAAUGCUUAUGCAGAUUUCUUUGUUGGCUCUGGUGCAGUGCCAUUUCAGUGGCAGAAGGCAAUGGAUAAUGACUUUUGA